UCAGUGUUUUUCUCUCUUGAGUGUUUUAUUGAGUGUAAACAGAGACUUGGCUCUGUGUAUUUUAGUGUUGAUGAUGGAUGUGAUGUGUUGUAAAUCAGUAGGAACUGAUCUGUCCAUGCUGGAUAUUGAUGAUUUCAUCACAGAAAUCUCUCAGCUGAAGAAAGAGGUGGCGUUACUGGAGACAAAGCUGAGGUUAAGAGGAGAUGAAGGACUGAAGAGAGAGGACUCCGAGCUCAGUCUGACUUUACUCUGUUAUACUGAGUCAAAGCCCACAGACGCUCAGGACACUACAGUGUGUGACAGUAAUCAGGGCUUACAGGAUGAGGAAUCUACUGAUCAAACCUCCACAGAGUCUCUGGAUUCUGUCUGGAACGCUGGAGAACAGCAGCAGAUCCUGCAGACCAAACCUAAGAUGUGUUCAGUCAAACUCAUCGACUGCAGGAACCUCGUGAUGAAGAUCAAAACUGAAACUACAGAAAUAAAAACUGAACCCACACCUGAUGAAUAUGAAGACAAUCACAAUGAUGCUUAUAAUUUUAUUCUGUCAGAUGUGAGGAGUGAAUUAUGUUUGGAUGGAGAAAUAAUGUCCUCGACUCUUUCAUGCAUCACCGGUGGAGAGACAUUGAGCUCACAGAGACAUUUAGAGAGAAAACGCACAGAACAUGAACAUCAUCUGAAGAAACACACUAAUGAGAGACCGUAUCAGUGCCGUGAAUGUGGAAAAACCUUCGGGGAUUCACUCUCUCUAAAGUCACAUCAAACACUACACACUGAAGAGAAAGUUGAGAAACCCUUUCAAUGUUCACAUUGUGAUAAACGUUUCGUUCAUAAAUCUCAUCUGAUAGUCCAUGAGAGGAUUCACACUGGAGAGAAACCUCAUCACUGUACUGUUUGUGGGAAGAGUUUUAAGCAAAAGGCUGAAUUACUAAAGCACCAGAGAAUUCAUACUGGAGAAAAACCUCACAAAUGCUCUUGGUGUGAGAAGUCGUUUACUCGAUCAGGUCACUUAAAAAUCCACGAAAGAGUUCACACUGGAGAGAAACCUCAUCACUGUAGUGCUUGUGGGAAGAGUUUUAAUCAACUUGUCAAUUUAGUUUCACAUCAGAGAAUUCAUACAGGUGAAAAACCUUACAAAUGCUCUCAAUGUGGGAAGACGUUUGCUCAAUCAGGUCCAUUAAAAGUCCACAAGAGAGUUCACACUAAAGAGAAACCGUACGUCUGCUCUCAAUGUGGAAAGCGUUUCACUGAUUUAAGUUCAUUUAGGGUUCAUCAGAGAGUUCAUACAGGGGAGAAACCUCAUCAUGGUAAUGUCUGUGGAAGGAGUUUUAGACAAAAGGGUAACUUACUUAAGCACCACAGAACUCAGACAGGUGAAAAACCUUACAAAUGCUCUUGGUGUGAGAAGUCGUUUACUCGAUCAGGUCACUUAAAAAUCCACGAAAGAGUUCACACUGGAGAGAAACCUCAUCACUGUAGUGCUUGUGGGAAGAGUUUUAAUCAACUUGUCAAUUUAGUUUCACAUCAGAGAAUUCAUACAGGUGAAAAACCUUACAAAUGCUCUCAUUGUGAAAAGACUUUUACUCAGUCAGGUCAAUUAAAAAUCCAUGAGAGAGUUCACACUAAAGAGAAACCUUACAUCUGCUUGAUCUGUGGAGAGAGAUUCACUAAUCCAUCUUAUUUCAGUGUUCAUCAGAAAUUUCACACUGGAGAGAAACCUCAUCACUGUAAUGUUUGUGAAAAGAGUUUUGCUCAGCUUGUAAGUUUAGUGAAACAUCAGAGAACUCAUACAGGUGAAAAACCUUACAAAUGCUCUCAUUGUGAGAAGUCGUUUGCUCAGUCAGGUUCCUUAAAAAUCCAUGAGAGAAUUCACACUGGAGAGAAACCUUACGCCUGCUCUCAAUGUGGAAAGAGCUUCACUGAUCCAUCUCAGGUCCGAGUUCAUCAGAGAGUUCAUACUGGAGAGAAACCUCAUCACUGUGAUGUUUGUGGGAAGAGUUUUAAUCAGCGUGUCAAUUUAUUGACACACCAGAGAAUUCAUACAGGUGAAAAACCUUACAAAUGCUCUCAGUGUGAGAUGACGUUUUCUCAGUUAGCUUCCUUAAAAAACCAUCAGAGACUUCACACUGGAGAGAAACCUUACGUCUGCUCGAUCUGUGGAGAGAGAUUUGCUCGUUCUGGAAGUCUUCAGAGUCAUCAGAAGAAACAUACUGAAGAACGAACUACACUGAAAUCAUCAUAUGCGUCUGGUAAAAGGGUGAUGUGCUGUAAAUCAGUAGGAACUGAUCUGUCCAUGCUGGAUAUUGAUGAUUUCAUCACAGAAAUCUCUCAGCUGAAGAAAGAGGUGGCGUUACUGGAGACAAAGCUGAGGUUAAGAGGAGAUGAAGGACUGAAGAGAGAGGACUCCGAGCUCAGUCUGACUUUACUCUGUUAUACUGAGUCAAAGCCCACAGACGCUCAGGACACUACAGUGUGUGACAGUAAUCAGGGCUUACAGGAUGAGGAAUCUACUGAUCAAACCUCCACAGAGUCUCUGGAUUCUGUCUGGAACGCUGGAGAACAGCAGCAGAUCCUGCAGACCAAACUCAAGAUGUGUUCAGUCAAACUCAUCGACUGCAGGAACCUCAUGAUGAAGAUCAAAACUGAACCUACAGAAAUAAAAUCUGAACCCACACCUGAUGAAUAUGAAGACAAUCACAAUGAUGCUUAUGAUUUUAUUCUGUCAGAUGUGAGGAGUGAAUUAUGUUUGGAUGGAGAAAUAAUGUCCUCGACUCUUUCAUGCAUCACCGGUGGAGAGACAUUGAGCUCACAGAGACAUUUAGAGAGAAAACGCACAGAACAUGAACAUCAUCUGAAGAAACACCCCAAUGAGAGACCGUAUCAGUGCCGUGAAUGUGGAAAAACCUUCGGGGAUUCACUCUCUCUAAAGUUACAUCAAACACUACACACUGAAGAGAAAGUUGAGAAACCCUUUCAAUGUUCACAUUGUGAUAAACGUUUCGUUCAUAAAUCUCAUCUGAUAGUCCAUGAGAGGAUUCACACUGGAGAGAAACCUCAUCACUGUACUGUUUGUGGGAAGAGUUUUAAGCAAAAGGCUGAAUUACUAAAGCACCAGAGAAUUCAUACUGGAGAAAAACCUUACAAAUGCUCUCAAUGUGGAAAGACGUUUGCUCAAUCAGGUCCAUUAAAAGUCCACAAGAGAGUUCACACUAAAGAGAAACCGUACGUCUGCUCUCAAUGUGGAAAGCGUUUCACUGAUUUAAGUUCAUUUAGGGUUCAUCAGAGAGUUCAUACAGGGGAGAAACCUCAUCACUGUAGUGCUUGUGGGAAGAGUUUUAAUCAACUUGUCAAUUUAGUUUCACAUCAGAGAAUUCAUACAGGUGAAAAACCUUACAAAUGCUCUCAUUGUGAAAAGACUUUUACUCAGUCAGGUCAAUUAAAAAUCCAUGAGAGAGUUCACACUAAAGAGAAACCUUACAUCUGCUUGAUCUGUGGAGAGAGAUUCACUAAUCCAUCUUAUUUCAGUGUUCAUCAGAAAGUUCACACUGGAGAGAAACUUCAUCACUGUAAUGUUUGUGAAAAGAGUUUUGCUCAGCUUGUAAGUUUAGUGAAACAUCAGAGAACUCAUACAGGUGAAAAACCUUACAAAUGCUCUCAUUGUGAGAAGUCGUUUAAUCGAUCAGCUCACUUAAAAGACCAUGAGAGAGUUCACACUGGAGAGAAACCUUACGCCUGCUCUCAAUGUGGAAAGAGCUUCACUGAUCCAUCUCAGGUCCGAGUUCAUCAGAGAGUUCAUACUGGAGAGAAACCUCAUCACUGUGAUGUUUGUGGGAAGAGUUUUAAUCAGCGUGUCAAUUUAUUGACACACCAGAGAAUUCAUACAGGUGAAAAACCUUACAAAUGCUCUCAGUGUGAGAUGACGUUUUCUCAGUUAGCUUCCUUAAAAAACCAUCAGAGACUUCACACAGGAGAGAAACCUUAUGUCUGCUCGAUCUGUGGAGAGAGAUUUGCUCGUUCUUGGAGUCUUCAGAGUCAUCAGAAGAAACAUACUGAAGAACAAACUACACUGAAAUCAUCAUAGUGUCUUAAAUUCUUCACACACUGUUCAUAUAUAUUCGGUGUGAAUGUUUGACGCGAUAACGUGCUAUAACCAAAACAAUUGAUUUCUAUAAAUAACUUUACCUUGGUUAUUUGCGACAUGAAAAAUCAAAGGUUGUUUUUACCACUGUAUUAAAUUUUGCCUAUUUCGCCCGACAAAUAAACAGGUCGACCAAUGAGAUCUGAACAUUACGUCACAUUCCCUGAGCCGCUGCUAUUACUCAAAAAGAAGAGACAGUGGCUCUACAGCACACAAAACUGUAUAGACUCUUUUACAGCCCACGUGACCAAAUAGCCUGCGCAUGCAUUUUGGCAACAGAAGUGGUGUUAUGUCCCAGUGGUUCUAACGUGUUAGCAACUCAGAAAGUUUAUUAAAACUGUUUCCCAGCAUCAAAAUGUCUGGUUCUUGCGUUUGGUUGCACUAAUAUAUUAUACUAAUAUACAUAUAUAUGUGUCUGGCCACUUUAUAUUUGGCUAUCUGCUAACGUAUUCAAUCCACUCCUCUAUAGUACACAGAUCUGGUAGCUGUGUUGAAAAAAUUGAUAAAGUUAAUUUUUUAAAAUACCUUUCUCUGUCUGUGUUGCUUCACUGCUGAUUCUUGCCAUACUUCCAUUGCCAAAAUGUGCGCGCAUACGCUGCCACAUCAUCAUUGACUAUAAACAGUAAAAGGGUCUAUUGACAGCACAUGUAAACACACCAUUGAAAUAAGUCAAUUUGAGUUAUUUGUAUAGGGCUUUUCACAGUUGUUCAUUGUUUCAAGGUAGCUGUGCAUUAUUAUUAUUAAAGAAUUUUAAAGAGCUGCAAGUGCACAUAGAAAUGUUCAGUUGUCUCUGGGCAAUCAUCAAUGGCAGCUUGAGGAUGGGCAUCACACCAAACUGGAAUUAAACCUGUCUGUCUCAGAUGUCCUCAGAGAGCUAAAGACACCAAAUGACUGAACCCACAGAGAACUAUUUUCUAAAAGACACUGAAUUCUGAUGAAACUCAACAUCUGAAAACUUUCUCAAAGAGUUCACAUCUACCCCAAAGACAACCACCCCACUUUACAGAGACAGAAGAGUCACCUCACCAAGAUUACUCAUCUCGUUUUAAAUCUCCUCACAAUCUCUCUCUCUCCUCCUUCUCACAUGCUGAACUAGAGAUGCUCAAAGCUCACUUAUAGGUGUUACCUACUUUAAACAAAGUGUACAAAUGUGUAACCAAACAUAUUUGGUAUCAUUGUGAUGGUCUCAGUGCGUCUGGUAAAAGGGUCUCAUUCCUUUAAGUUUGGGAAAAUCCACCAUUUACAUAGACAUUGGGUUAGAAACUGAAGAUGAACUCCACCAAUGUCUACCACACAAAUGACCUUCUGUAUGUAAAUGAAAUGUAUCUUCACACAAAAAUCAAAAACACAGCAAAGUUAACACAUCAAAAU